AUUUUUGUGACCGUUCCAAAAUGAAUUCAUUCAACGCUCCGACAACGCAAAUCAAUUCUAUUGACAAAAUGACCACAGUUAAAUGCAAGUCAGUGGAUUUGGAAGGAUACGUUAUAAUAGUUGUGCAAACCAAGGACAACAAAAUUAAAUUAUAUGGAUCGCCGUCGGCCGGCAACUGGGAGAACUUGGAGUUGGCGGACGAGAUUAUGGACGUGAAUGAAACCAGGCUAGAAGACAUGACUCGCACGGAGGUCCUGAGUCAUAUACAUGAGUGCAUUUCUUCAUGUGUCAUCAAACUUCGAGUGAAGAGACGGAGCGAAACUAAACUAUUGUCUGACAUCGGCCACAACAUUAUCCAGGAUGCCUUCCUCAUUGCGGUGGAGGAGCAGGCCCGCCAGCGCCUGCAGCGGCUGUCGGCGCUCAAGCGCAUCACGCCCGUUGACAUGUCCAAGCUGUCUGCAGAAUUAAACAAAAGAAAACGCACGCAGCCAGAAAACAAGGAGCUGAAUGGGUACAUAGCAAAUUCCACAGUCUAUGUAACGUCCAUUAACGAAAACGGAGCUAUCGAGAGCCAACCGACGAUAUCGUCGCCGAAAUCCCAACCGAAAUCGUUGCAGGCGAAGCCCGCGCCUGUCAUUGCGAACGGUAUACAGGAGAAAAACGAAACAAUAGAAAACAAAGUCGAACAAGAGAAACACGAGAAUGAUUCAAGUGAGAAAAGUGUAAAAGUGAUAGUUGAGAGUGAAGUGAAUGAAUGUGAAGUGAAAAGUGAUAAAAGUGAAGUGUGCCUGAGCAACGGGCGUAUCGAGAAACUGUUGGGUGAACAGCCUGACCAUAGGAUCAGAGCUACUGCUGUUAUUGAAAAUAAUAAGCUCGCACCGGGAGAUAAAGGGCCCCGUCGCCGCUCGGGCUCCAGUAUCGUGGUGAUAGGUGCCGAGGAGGAGAAACGCCCGCCCCCGGAUGACGAGACCGACAUGCUCUCCAUGCUGCCGCUCACCUCCGACACCGGCCCCCAUCGUGAGAUGCCGGUGGACGUCCCGGACAGCUUCAUCGCCCGGAACAAGACGCCGCCCCGCUACCCGCCCCCGCGGCCCCCUCAGGUACGCCUCCGUACCAGGGACGAUGAGCCCCUCCUCUCCUCCGGCGGCUCCGGGACAUCCUUCGGCAGCAAGCAGAGCACCGUCCUGCAUAGCACGAUAGACAUAUCCGGCCCGAGCUCCGACGGUUCCGGAAGCUUCAAAAACAACAGCACAAUGGAACUGCUCUCGCUCCCGCAAAGCUCAGAUGGCUCAGCUAGUUUCGGCAGUAAGAAGAGCAAGACAUCCUCAGAAACAGCGAAGUGUGAUCUGAUCUCUGAAAGGUCGGAGUCGGUAGCAUCUGUCGCAUCGAACACCACCCAUAAUCUUAGUGAUCAUAAGAUUCAGCUGCUUAUUUCUAAUGGAGAAGAUUCUUUGUUAGACUGCAGGGAAGGCGUCACUUACUCCGCGCGUACGGACUCCGUACUGAUCAGAGAAGCUGUUUACGCCUCUUACAAACUCCCGCCUGGGUUUGACACGACGCCCGUAUUGCUGGGAAGGGAGGUGGCGGUCGAUGUGCCGGAGAGCUUCGUCCAGAUAGUGAAAACUACCCCCAAAUAUCCGGCUACCGUGGACAGAAAGAGUGUACCGAUGCAGCAGGUCAACGGCAGUGCACGCGGCGCUCCGGCGGUGCCGCCUCGCGAGGCUACCCGGGACGCCCCGCCUCGACCACCGGCGCACGAGAUUGCCAGCAUCUCUAAAUACCAGGAGCAACUCCGUCAAAGAAAAGAAGCGGAGGAACGCAUCGCCGCCCAGAAUGAGUUCCUAAGAAACUCGCUUCGCAACUCUUCAAAACUGCAAGUGCUAGCUAACGAGCCGUCAAGUACAGCCUUCGUCAAUGACGCUUAUGAAGAAGACGCCAGCGAUGAGGCUACGCAGUUGUACGCACUUGUUGAUUACCAAGAGGUGUGUACAGCGCUAUCGAGGUUACAAAAAGCGCUUGCGUCGAGCGGCGAAACUGCGUUGGCAGCGCGGCUCGGCGGUACGGCCAGUGUGCUGCUAUGCCCAGCUUUACGGACGGCUCUGGCCACCAGGUCGGCUGUGCUCACUGCCACCACGCAUAAACGACCUGGCCUGUCGCCCCCAGUGACGCAUCGGGCUUCUGAUCGGUUAAAAGAUUGUAUAGAUGUAUUAGGAUCGCAUACGGCGUCAGGAGGUGAAACGUCAGCUAUAGCGGCAGAAUUGCUAUCCGUACUAGGCGGGUUGGAGCUGGAGAGUCUAAUACAGGCGCACGACCAAGCAGCCGCCUUGCUAGACCCUACCUGCUUUACGAGAGGGAAGAGAAAUAAGACUGGCUACAACAAUUACAAGGGCGACGAUAAGUAUCCAACGCUUUCGCCGGACGACCCCAGCGAAAAUAUCAAAAUUAUUAAAAUAGAAAAAACUAAUGAACCACUUGGUGCUACUGUGAGAAAUGAAGGCGAAGCAGUUAUUAUCGGUAGGAUAGUAAGAGGUGGGGCAGCGGAAAAGUCGGGCCUUCUUCACGAAGGCGAUGAGCUGCUGGAAGUGAACGGUGUGAGCAUGCGUGGCAAGUCCGUGCACGAAGUGUGCCAGGUGCUGGGCGGGCUGGCGGGCACGCUCAGCGUGGUGCUGGCGCCGCGCGGCCGGCCCCGCGCGCCGCCCGCGCACCGCGUGCUGCACGUGCGCGCGCACUUCGACUACGACCCCGAGGACGACGUGUACAUCCCGUGUCGCGAGCUCGGUAUCAGUUUCCAAAAAGGUGACGUGUUACACGUGAUAAGUCGGGAGGAUCCUAACUGGUGGCAAGCCUUCCGCGAAGGGGAGGAGGACCAAACCCUGGCGGGACUCAUACCGAGCCAGGCCUUCCAGCAUCAGCGUGAAUCGAUGAAGCUGUCACUAGCGGGUGAAGCGGGCGAGGGCGAAAGGCGUGCUCGUAAGGGGGCGACGUUACUGUGCGCCGGCCGCGUACGGCGUCGCAAACCGCGGAAACCGACUAGUGAAGCUGGCUACCCGAUUUAUGCGGCUUCUGCGCCCGAUGACUACGAGCAAGACGAGAUCCUGACGUACGAGGAGGUGGCGCUGUACUACCCGCGCGCGUCCAACAAGCGGCCCAUCGUGCUGAUCGGGCCGCCCAACAUCGGCCGCCACGAGCUGCGCCAGCGGCUCAUGGAAGACAGCUCGAGGUUCGCGGCGGCUGUUCCUCACACGUCUCGCGCGAGGAAGGACCACGAGGCGGCCGGGCAGGACUACCACUUCAUAUCGCGCGCGCAGUUCGAGGCCGACAUCCUUAACAGGAAGUUCGUCGAGCACGGCGAGUACGAGAAGGCUUAUUAUGGUACUUCCCUGGAAGCGAUAAGAGAAGUAGUGAACUCGGGGAAGAUCUGCGUGCUCAACCUGCACCCGCAGUCGCUGAAGAUCCUGCGCGGCUCCGACCUCAAGCCCUACACCGUGUUCGUGGCGCCGCCCAGCUUGGAGAAACUCAGGCAGAAGAAGAUCAGGAACGGAGAAGCUUUUAAGGAAGAGGAGCUGAAAGAGAUAAUAGCGACAGCGAGGGAUAUGGAGUUGCGAUGGGGCCACCUUUUCGACAUGAUCAUCAUAAACAACGACACACAGCGAGCGUACCACCAACUCUUGAACGAAAUCAACAGCUUGGAGCGCGAACCGCAGUGGGUCCCCGCGCACUGGCUCAAGCAGACCUAGCGGGAACCCCCCACAGCUGCAUCCACCGCAGCUCAGAGACUGAACCGAGUUCAAACUCACCAACAAAACCUUCAAUGUAACGUGAUAAAUAAAGUUAGAUGUGAUGUGAUACGCAAAAAGAGUUACAGCACGUCGGAAACGCUCGCGAAACUAAUGUUACUCUUCGAAAUGUUCACGCAAAUGGUUUUACAUUUGCUAUUUUACUUUAUAGACGCUUGCAAUGUUGAGAGAGACUAUAGUUUCAUUGAUUUAAUACGGAAUUUCGAUGGGAGAAAUCGUUGGGGCAGUGGUAAUGAUCGUAAUCGUGGAGCCGUAGUGAUGAAUAUAGAAUUUAGUGAUGUGUUCUCAAAUUUUAAUGGUGAUUAUUAUGACGCCGGUUGUAGGCGCACUUCUGUUGCAUGAUAAUUACUUUUAUAGUUGAGUAAUUGUUUCAAUGGGAAAGAUUCUUUGAAACUUUAAGCACUGGGCGUGCUACGUAUUUGUUCACUGACAAAAGCAAUAUUCACAAAUGUAUUAUUUUAUACAUAAUGUAAAUUAAACUAGAAAUUAACUCUUAUCGUGCACUGGACUUUUAUUAUUGUUGACAGAAUUAUUUUAAAAUUGGAAUAGCAUAAAUAUUAUUUUAAAAGUGGCGUGCAUAGAGGAGAGGGC